GUUACACUUCUAACACAAUUCAGAUUGAUUGAGGCUCCUCACUUUUGGGACACUUUUAACUCAAAAAGAAAAAGAAAAUCCAAUCCCACUUCUUCCCCCAACCCUUUUUCCCUCUUCUUUUUCCCCCAAUUUGUUUUUUCCACACUCAAAAAACCCUACUUUCCCACCUCAAGGUUUUGUUUCGCCCCCCUUCCUCGUUAAUUCAUUAGGGCAUUGGGUUUCUGAAGAUAAAUAUGGAGGAUGUGGAGCAGAAUAAGCUGUUUGUUGGAGGCAUUUCCUGGGAAACGACUGAAGAUAUUCUCAAAGAGCAUUUUGGCAAGUACGGAACCGUUCUGGGCUCUGUGAUUGCUAAGGAUCGGAAUACCGGCAGCCCUAGGGGGUUUGCUUUUGUUACGUUCUCCGAAUCUUCGGCCGUUGAUCGGGCGCUUCAGGACUCCCAUCAAAUUCUUGCCAGAACGGUGGAAGUGAAAAGGGCUAUUCCCAGGAGUGAACAACAAAGUCAACAACAGCCUCAUAGGGGAUUGAGUAGGAAUAAUAGUAGGACUAACAGUAGGAGCAACGAGCAGUUUAGGACAAAGAAGAUUUUUGUAGGGGGUUUGUCAGCUAACCUGACUGAGCAAGAAUUCAGAAGUUACUUUGAAAAGUUUGGUAGGAUCACCGAUGUAGUAGUGAUGCAUGAUAACAUGACCCAUAGGCCAAGGGGAUUUGGUUUUAUAACGUUUGACUCAGAGGACUCUGUUGAGGAAGUUAUGCAGAAGAACUUUCAUGAGUUGAUUGGCAAGCUUGUAGAGGUCAAAAAGGCCGUGCCAAAAGAUGGAAUUAGCAGUAGUAGCAAUGGUUAUAAUGGAAGGUUAGGUGGUGGUAGAGGCCAAAACUUUAACUCUUAUCAGCAGGGGGGUUACACGCCUUACAAUACAAGAUUUGCAUAUUUCCCCGCUGGAUACGGCAAUGUUGCUGGGUACUCACAUGGACCUGGAAUCUUUGCUGGUGGUUAUGCUUCAGGAGGGUAUGGUGGAAUUAGUUAUGGGCUCAGUCCAAUUCCCUCAAGGAAUCCUUGGAGUCCUGCAAUGCUUGGUGUUAGGGGAAGUUUCUUGCCUUAUGGAAGUGCUGCUCCUGUCUAUCCCACCUAUUUAAAUGGUGGACCUGGAGUCAUGGGUUUGGCUACGAGUGGAUAUAAUGGGAUCUUGGGCACUGGAUUCGGUGGAAAAUCGGUACAAAUGGGCAGUGGAGAUGCUCAAAACGCAGCUGAGUUGAUACCCUCUCAGCCUGGUGCGAACAAUGUAGAUGCCAAUUCUUUCAGUUCUGGUAGAGGCCAUGGAGCUGCUGCUAGCAAACAGAGUCAAAAAAGUAACGAUAAAUCUUAGUAAGCUACUAAUUUAGCUGACUACUUGGCGUCUUGAUUGUGGAUAUUGACAUGUUAGAAGUUUGUCCCACUGACGGGUUGGUAUCAUUAUUCCAAUGUCUUCACUUUAGAUGUCUUUCUUAUUCUUAUAAAGAUUCGGCGUGUUUUACUUAUUUUUAGUGUCGAAAAUUCAUGGAUUCUGGAUUCAGUUAUUGUAAUAUAAUUUUUUUAUAUUUAUCCUCUGA